AAUGUCUAUCUCUUGAGUUUUUUUUUGUAUUGUUUUUCGUGGAUGAAGCAAUUCUUGAACCGCUCUAUCACGUUCGUUGUUUCCAAAUUGCCGGUGAAACUCUGUGGAACUCAAAAGCUCCUAGGCUUCCACCAUCACCAUGUGUGACUGUCUUCCCUCGAGCCCACUACCCUUUUCUCUCACCAAAUAUCGGAAAGCCGGGCUCACUACAUCCGCCUGGAGACCACAGCACGAACCGAUUGGGUACAUCCAUGCCCGAAAGUCCCCGAGGCUAGCCAUAUCCCGUUGUGGAAAUCCUAGCAAGGUGUUUGAAUCCGAGGAUUACGAGUCGUAUGACAAAUUGGGGUUUAAGGAGAAAGGAGAAAAUAACUCCGGUAGCGGUGAAGCUGCUUCGUCGGCUUUCGAUUUCCUUGAAUUGAAGGGUGCGAAGGGGAAUACGAGGAGUGAGGAAAGUGUGGAAGAAAGGGACUUGCUUGAAGUUGGUGAGCAGAUCAAUGGAAGGGUGGCACUGAGGAAAGGUAGACAAAUGGUGCGGCGGUCGAAUAUGGUGGCAAAGCAAGUGAUCAGCAUUCGAAGCGCUCUUAGCUUGGGCUUCGUCUCGGAGCUUUGGGUGGACAUCACAUCUUGGGUGGUUUUAUUUGUACAAGUGAGGCCAAAUUUGCUUUCUGGGGAAUCGGAAACUUUUCUAUUCGAGGAUGUCAGCCAGGUUGGUGAUGUUAUUCUUGUCAAGGAUGAAAGUGUUAUGGAGAAUGAGUUUAAAAUGGUUGGACUGGAAACCCUGGUAGGAUACAAAGUUGUAACACCUGGUCGCCGGAAUAUUGGGAGGGUUCGGGGGUACAGUUUUAACAUUAAUUCAGGGGCCAUUGAAUCAUUGGAGCUUGAUUCAUUUGGAAUCUCGAUUAUUCCAUCCAGUUUGGUUAGUACCUAUGCUCUCUUUGUUGAGGAUGUGCUGGAAGUUAUGACGGAUGCAGUUGUUGUGCAUGAAGCUGCAGCCUCACGCAUACAGAGACUAACAAAGGGUUUCUUGGGCACCCAAAGCGUGGGGACUGCCAUAGAUGACCUUGGAGAAUAUCCGUUUGAAAGACCUCCUAGAUCUGAAGACAGUCAGGGUAUAAAAAGAAAUCAUAGUUACCAGAGAUUCCAAGAAAAUAAUAGAGCAACUCAGGAUGAUUGGGAGCUUCCGAUGGAUUUUUUAUGAUCUUUAUGGUUUUGCUGCCAACUCCUAUGUAGAUACAUACAUAGAUUCUCUUCCUCCUGUCUUUCCUUG